GGCCCCACGGUGCCCAAUUGUCCGCUUUUCCCCCGCCCCCUGCCUCCUCUUCACCCCCAACCAGCAGCUCGUUGGCCGAGUCGGUCCCGCGCCGGCGGAUCGGGCGCGCGCGUCGGGGGUCGUGCGGCUGCCGGGCAGGGCGAGCACGCGCCGCGAGGCCUUGGAGGCGUAGGGGGCGGGGGUACUGCUCGCCUGCUCGCAAGAUGGCGGACGAGGACGGGGAAGGGAUUCACCCCUCGGCCCCUCACAGGAACGGAGGUGGCGGCGGCGGCGGGGGGUCUGGGCUCCACUGCGCCGGGAACGGCGGCGGGGGAGGCGGCGGCCCGCGGGUCGUGCGCAUCGUCAAGUCCGAGUCCGGCUACGGCUUCAACGUGCGGGGCCAAGUGAGCGAGGGCGGGCAACUGCGGAGCAUCAACGGGGAGCUGUACGCGCCGCUGCAGCAUGUGAGCGCCGUGCUGCCCGGGGGGGCGGCCGAUCGGGCCGGGGUGCGCAAGGGGGACCGCAUCCUGGAGGUGAACCACGUGAAUGUUGAGGGGGCGACACACAAGCAGGUGGUGGACCUGAUUCGAGCAGGCGAGAAGGAAUUGAUCUUGACAGUGUUAUCUGUACCUCCUCAUGAGGCAGAUAACCUAGAUCCCAGUGACGACUCGUUGGGACAAUCAUUUUAUGAUUACACAGAAAAGCAAGCAGUGCCCAUAUCGGUCCCCAGAUACAAACAUGUGGAGCAGAAUGGUGAGAAGUUUGUGGUAUAUAACGUUUACAUGGCAGGGAGGCAGCUGUGUUCUAAGCGGUACCGGGAAUUUGCUAUCCUGCACCAGAACCUGAAGAGAGAGUUUGCCAACUUUACAUUUCCCCGACUCCCAGGGAAGUGGCCAUUUUCAUUAUCAGAACAACAAUUAGAUGCCCGACGUCGGGGACUGGAAGAAUAUCUAGAAAAAGUGUGUUCAAUACGAGUAAUUGGUGAGAGUGACAUCAUGCAGGAAUUCCUGUCAGAAUCCGAUGAGAACUACAAUGGUGUGUCUGACGUAGAGCUGAGAGUAGCAUUACCAGAUGGAACAACGGUUACAGUCAGGGUUAAAAAGAACAGUACUACAGACCAAGUAUAUCAGGCUAUUGCAGCAAAGGUUGGCAUGGACAGUACGACAGUGAAUUACUUUGCCUUAUUUGAAGUGAUCAAUCACUCCUUUGUACGUAAAUUGGCACCUAAUGAGUUUCCUCACAAACUCUACAUUCAGAAUUAUACAUCAGCUGUGCCAGGCACCUGCUUGACCAUUCGAAAGUGGCUUUUUACAACAGAAGAAGAAAUCCUCUUAAAUGACAAUGACCUUGCUGUUACCUACUUCUUUCAUCAGGCAGUCGAUGAUGUGAAGAAAGGUUACAUCAAAGCAGAAGAAAAGUCCUACCAAUUACAGAAGCUAUACGAACAAAGAAAAAUGGUCAUGUACCUCAACAUGCUAAGGACUUGUGAGGGCUACAAUGAAAUCAUCUUUCCCCACUGUGCCUGUGACUCCAGGAGGAAGGGGCACGUUAUCACAGCCAUCAGCAUCACGCACUUUAAACUGCAUGCCUGCACUGAAGAAGGACAGCUGGAGAACCAGGUAAUUGCAUUUGAAUGGGAUGAGAUGCAGCGAUGGGACACAGAUGAAGAAGGGAUGGCCUUCUGUUUCGAAUAUGCACGAGGAGAGAAGAAGCCCCGAUGGGUUAAAAUCUUCACGCCAUAUUUCAAUUACAUGCAUGAGUGCUUCGAGAGGGUGUUCUGCGAGCUCAAGUGGAGAAAAGAGGAAUAUUAGUUAGAGACUGAUUAUCUCAUGUGAGCCAGGACAUUCUUCCAGCAAGGUUGGCCUCUGGAUGGUGAACGGGUUGUGCAUAAAAGCCCUGCUUCUUCCCUUGUCUAGAGGGUGGACAUUGGCUACAGGCUCUUCCAUCUCUCAUGACUUCAUGGACCCUCCUCUGCCAGUUUUUUAAAUCAGAUCACCCUCCAUGUUGUUCCUGACCCGCAGGGGAAGCUGUCCUCAGUUGUAGCCGUCUGACUGGAUGAGUCCUGGCAGUCUUUCUAGGCGAACCAAGAAUGUGUGUGUGUGAGGGAAGGUGUUUGCUGUUGCUUUACUGCUGUCUGUAUGUGCCAGUGCUGGAACAGAAUUUGGAAGAUUCUGAAUAAUUAGCUACUUAUUCUCAAAGAAAAUCUUUGAAAGAAUCAGGAGGUCAAGUCAAUAACAUGAAAAUGUAUAUUCUUAGUGCGUGCAGUAGAAAGAACAUUGGGCUCUGGGAAUUUUAUCUGGGUUUUCUCCUGGCUUUUUUUUCCUCUGUGUAAUUUUGGGUAAAUCAGCCUCCCUAGCUCUCAGUUUUCUCUUCUGUGAAACAGGAAGACUAAACCACGUAAUUAAUAUCCAAGGUCCCUUCCGGCUCUAAAAGGCUAUGAUUCUAGAUGAGAAGUUACAUCAGGAGAGAUGCGGCCAAUCAGAUUGAGUCAUCCAGGCGUACCUUUUUAGCUUCUGUUUGAGGAGUUGUCUCCAGAUAAGAGGAGAUGUGGCUUCCCAGUAACUCUUUUUUUUUUUUUCCUUUCAGAACAUUUUCCAGAUGGCGAGGUCACAGCAGAGAGAUGUGGCCACCUAGCCUUUCCUUAUCCCCUUCCCUUCCUUUCACCCCCAUCCUCUUACUCCUUUCAUGUCCCAUUUCAGACAGAGUAACCAUUAACACAAAAGAAGAGAAAGAGUUAAAGUCAUUAUAUUCAAAAGCCCUAAACUAAAUAUUAUUAAUAACCCCCUCUGAA